AUGCCACUCGUCGUUUCCAUGGGCUACACAGCUGAGGAAAUCGCCGAAAUGGCACCAAAAGUUGCCCCAUUUGCAGAUGCUAUCGAAUUAUCAACUCACUACAUCUCUGACGAUCCAAAGCCAAUGCAGGAUGCCAUCAAGGCAGCUAUCAAUGGCACAGGUGGAAAGCCAAUCCUCCUCAAGCUUUCUCCAUUCCGUGAUGCUCAUAUCGCUGCUAAGGCUGCUGAAGCUGCAGGCGCAUCCGCCAUUGUCGCCGUUAACUCCUUCGGCCCAACACUUGCUCUCGAUAUCGAGUGCCUUGGCCGUUCUGUUAUGGGUUCAUCCACCAAAUACGGUUGGGUUUCUGGCCCAGCUCUCAAGCCACUCGCCAUGCGUAUUGUCUACGAUGUCUGCAAGACAGUCAAGAUCCCAGUUAUCGGCGUUGGCGGCUGCUCUACAGGUACAGAUGCUAUUGAGUUCCUUAUGGCUGGUGCUUCCGGCAUUGGCAUUUGCACAUCCGCAAUUGUCUCAGGCCGUGAAGUUUUCAACAGAAUUUCAGGCGAAAUGAUCGAUUGGAUAACACAACACGGAAUUAAGGACGUCAAUCAACUCGUUGGCCUCGCUCUCAAGCAGGAAGCUACAAAGCAGACAAAGCCACCUAAAGUUAUCGAAGAUAACUGCGUUGGAUGCUCUCAAUGCGAGCUCUCCUGCUGCUACGACGCCAUCAAGGUCGUUAACGCUGUUGCUAAAGUCACACCAGAAAAGUGCUUCAAGUGCGGCCUUUGCUACUCAAGAUGCCUGAACCAUGCAAUUACAAUCGACGAAUAA